UCCCUCCCGCACGCCGGCGCUCCGCGGCGGUGCUUCCUGCGUCCCCAUCCUGGUCCGGGAGGGUUGGCUGCGCGCUCUCCGCCACCGCGCUCCCUCGGCCGAGACUCCAGCCCCGGGAUCGCGGCGCCCGAAGGAAGCAGCCUGGGGGGGCCGGGGUCGUGGAGCCCCCAGCCCCCCGCCGCCAGACCGAGACCGAGCUGGACGCCGCCGCCCCGGUGGGUCCUUAAUUCAAGAUUUUAGCAUGAAGACUUGUUGUCAGGCCUGCCCAGAGCCUCCCCAGGUAACCACAGACCUCCCAGCCGCAACGGUCCACCUGGGAUGCCUCGCAUCUGCUUGAAACCAGCCCUUGAAACCAGAGUCUGGCUGCUGUCUUCUUAGUGUGGCGCUAGGGUUUUCCUUCAGGGCAUUUAAGGAUUUUUUGUUGUUGUUGCUGCUGCUGCUGCUGCUUUGUAUUUAUUUAUUUUCUUCCUUUGACCCCGGCUCUUGCCCUGCCCCGCCUGGCAUGAUGGCCCAGUCCAAGGCCAAUGGCUCACACUAUGCGCUGACCGCCAUCGGCCUGGGGAUGCUUGUCCUCGGGGUCAUCAUGGCCAUGUGGAACUUGGUCCCCGGGUUCAGUGCUUCCGAAAAGCCGACCGCUCAGGGGAACAAUAAGACAGAAAUAGGGAGCAGCAUCCUCAAGAGCAAGACCUUCUCCGUGGCCUACGUGCUGGUGGGCGCUGGGGUGAUGCUCCUGCUGCUGUCCAUCUGCCUGAGCAUCCGGGACAAGAGGAAGCAGCGGCAAGGCGAGGAGCUGGCGCACAUCCAGCAGCCGGGGGUCGAGCCUCACGCCCAGGAGGAAGACAGCCAGGAGGAGGAGGAGGAGGCCUCUUCAAGGUACUAUGUCCCCAGCUACGAGGAAGUGAUGAACACGAAUUACUCGGAAGCAAGGGAACCGGACCAGAACCCCAGGAUGAGCAUUUCUCUCCCCUCCUAUGAGUCUCUGACGGGGCUGGAUGAGACGAGCCCCACCACAACUAGGGCCGACAUAGAGACCAGCCCAGGGAACCCCCCCGACAGGCAGAACUCCAAGCUGGCCAAACGCCUGAAGCCGCUGAAAGUUCGAAGGAUAAAAUCCGAAAAGCUGCACCUCAAAGACUUUAGGAUCAACCUGCCAGACAAAAAUGUGCCUCCCCCAUCCAUCGAGCCUUUGACUCCCCCCCCACAGUACGAGGAGGUCCAGGAGAAGGCCCCCGAUGCCCGGCCUCCCGACUGACGGACCCUCCUGGGCGUGUUCCCUCCUGUCACUCAUCCUCUGCACCAACAGACCCCAGAUGAAGCCACUACAGUCACUGUUGAGAAGCGGAGGGGCCGGAUGUGUACUUAGCAAUUUGGACUGGGGGUGGGGGAGGUGAGAGGUUCUGGGAUUUAGGAGCGACUCUGCCGUCCCCAGACUCUCAUGUAGCAGGUGCAUCGGAAAGAGCUGCUGCCUUGGAGACUCUGCCGUCCCCAGACCCUCAUGUAGCAGGUGCAUCGGAAAGAGCUGCUGCCUUGGAUCUCGGGAUGCAGUGACCCCAUCCAGGGACUCGGCACACAAGCAUCUUCCCUGUUCUUGCUCAGCUCUGAAUGGUCCAGGACAGCCCUCCUCAAUCCAGUUAGGAAAGGAUACCCAGCAGCUGGUUUAGUGUGUCUGGUUUUGUUUUGCUUCCACUAGGACAGUUUGGUUCCCAAAAGAUAACAAGUUAAUGCCUUUGCUCUCUCACUGGCGUCCCGAACUGUGGGUAGGAGAUAGGACCAGCUUUGUAGAAAGGACAUGGGCCCGUUUCAUGAGUUAAGCAAAACGAGAGGCUGGAGGAUUACAUGGGGGUGAGGCCUGGGGUGGAGGGAGGGGUUCUCAGAGCCCCUAAUGCCAUCAGUUCUUGUGAGGGCCCAAGGCCUGAGGACGCAUAAGAUCCUUGUUUUAAUCGGUCGACUUUACUCGUCUCAUGUGAAAUGGCAAAAAAGGAAAAGCUGUAUGAGAUGUUCUGUUCCCUCUAAAGCCGUGCAGUUGAGCUUUUUGUAAUAAAAUGUUUUAUAUGUCA